GCGUCGAGUUCACUCGGCAUAUCAUCGCGUUGCGCGGUGUUGAUCGGACGCUCGAGAUUUUAGUCUCGCGAAAGUUUAAAACUUUACUUUUUAAUAUAACAUCGUGUGAAAACCUAAAACAUAAAAAUUAGUGUAUUAAAAGUUGCAUAAGUAUGAUUUUCAAGUGAAAAUAUGAAAAUAAAGUUAAAAAAUUAAAGAAAUAGUGAGAUAUGUUUGAUACUUAACCUACAAAGUGCUUGUUAUCUCCGUGGGUUGUAUUCCGUUGAGCGUAGAUAGAAAGAUAGCCAAUUUUCCAAUUCACUCCCAAUUGCAAAUUGACAAUUAUCCCUAUCUGUAUGCGCGUGCGUGUGUGAUAUGUCUGCGCACGAGAUGGACGAGCGACAGUUGCUGACAAGCGCGCCUGCGAACCCGCCGGUGCGUAUCCUGCAAUUCAACGCCACUAAACGCCACCCCUUGCAACACCAACACCAGCGCCCCCUAACAAACGGUUCCGCAUCUAGUCAUAGCCUACGUGAUACUCUAUUAAAAAGUGCUAGUUUUAACAGUAGUUCGUUUCAUCCAAAACUGCACACUCAUCAUAAUAAUAAUGCGCGUGCGUAUUCAUCGGGUGCACCCUACGACUCGUCUACAUCUUCGGGUAGUCCGGAAAGUCCCGAUCUAAGACCGAUUUCACCACUGUCAUUGUUACCAGUGGCUGCGUCAGCGAGUGUGAUUAAUAACAAUUUCCACCGCGCGCAAGUGCUGCCCAACGGUAAGAAGAUGGAUCUACGGCUGGAUUUGCCGCAGGGUUAUGGAGGUUAUCCGCCGAUGACACACACGAAUAGCUUUAAAAUGGUGCGGAAUUAUAAUUGUGAUGGCAGUCCGAGUUGUUCGGGAUCGCCGGUGCCUUUUCUUACGCGGCCUUCGAGCGCUAGUAAUGUUUCGCGACUGUUUUCGGAUGCUUCGGCGAAAUCCUGGACGUCGGUGGGGAUGGGCUCGACGGAUGGGCGGAAAAUGAUUGUGAGGAGAGUGCCUACAUCGCCUAAUGAAUUGUUUAAUAUUGUCAAUCCAGUUACACCACCAGAAGAAUAUCUCUUUGAAGACAGUUGUGAUGGUUCCGAAGACGGGCACGCCGCCUACCUGAAGCCGAGGCGGCAGCAGUGGAGCAACAAGUUCCAGUUCGUCCUGGCGUGCAUAGGGUACAGCGUCGGCCUCGGCUCGGUAUGGCGGUUUCCUUAUUUAUGCUAUAAGAGUGGUGGAGGCGUCUUUCUCAUACCGUAUUUUAUACUUUUGAUUAUUUGUGGGGUGCCCAUGUUGUACAUGGAGCUCUCCAUCGGGCAAUACACUGGACGUGGACCGAUUGGUGCCCUUGGUCAAUUAUCGCCAUUAUUUAAAGGAACUGGCGUAGCUAGCGUCGUGAUAUCAUUUCUCAUGUCGACGUACUACAGUGUAAUCAUUGCCUAUGCGAUUUAUUAUUUCUUUACGUCUUUAAAACCAAUUCAGCCUUGGGCGCAGUGUGGCCAUCGGUGGAACACAGAUCAGUGCUGGGCGCCUGGCGGCAACUUUUCGAACUUCGAGAAUACAUCGUUGACCUUCAACACGCCAGCUGAGGAGUUUUAUAAUAAAAAAGUUUUGGACAUCUCGAAAGGUCUAGAAGAUUUCGGAACACUUCGCUGGGAUCUAGUAGCGUGUUUGUUAAGCGCCUGGGCGAUUAUUUACUUUGCCAUCUGGAAAAGUAUCAAAUCAUCCGGCAAAGUGCGCUAUUUCACCGCAACCAUUCCGUUUCUCAUCAUUGUCAUCCUUAUGGGUAAAUCAUUAACACUAGAGGGCGCUCAGAACGGCAUGCAGUACUUCUUCAGACCGAAUUGGAAACUGCUGGGUGAUUCUAAAGUGUGGGUGAAUGCAGCGACGCAGACUUUUAAUUCAAUGGGCAUUGCGUUUGGUUCGAUGAUAUCUUUUGCUUCAUACAGCAAGUAUCACAACAACAUUCUGCAUGACACCGUUGCUGUGUCUUGUGUUAAUGCAUUGACUAGUUUAUUGGUUGGGAUUUUUGCAUUUGCGACUAUAGGCAACAUUGCACACGAGUCACACACGUCUAUUGAGGAUGUCAUUGCCGAUGGUCCCGGUUUGAUUUUUGUCGUAUUUCCGCAGGCGAUGGCCAAGAUGCCCGUUCCGCAAUUCUGGGCGUCCAUCUUUUUCUUCAUGCUGCUGUGUUUGGCUCUUAAUAGUCAAUUUGCCAUUGUGGAAGUUGUGGUGACGUCAGUCCAAGAUGGCUUCCCCGUGUGGAUAAAAAAACAUCUAAUGUGCCAUGAAGUCCUUGUUUUUGUUGUCUGCAUCAUUUCUUUCUUGCUAGGAUUACCAAAUGUGACAAAUGGUGGAAUAUAUUUUUUCCAAUUGAUUGAUCAUUACGCAGCGUCUAUAUCGAUAAUGUACGUGGCAUUCAUUGAAAUAAUUGCGAUAUCAUGGUUCUAUGGCGUCUGGCGGUUGUCGAAGAACAUUGAACACAUGACAGGUAAACAACCGAGUCUGUAUUUCAAGUUCUGCUGGACGAUUGCAGCGCCAUUGAUGAUUUUCGCCAUUUGGGUGUUUUAUAUGAUCGAUUAUGAGUCGCCCACGUAUAAUAAUGGUCUGUAUCAUUACCCUGAUUGGGCAAUUGGUAUUGGGUGGGUUAUCUCGUCGUUUUCUAUCUUUUGCCUGCCGAUAUUCAUGAUUUGUAGUUUGGUUAAGGCUAAAGGCAAGACGUUAAGAGAGAAAGUGGUUGCUUCAUUGAAACCAAACAUUCUUCUCUGCGAGGCUUGUAAUGAGCAUAAUUGUGAACACAUUGAUAAAUGGCAGGAGUGUUAUGAGCGGUAUGAAGGUGAUGAUGCGACACCAGCGCCAUCGCAGCCAAUGUUGGAUAUUCGAACUUUGAGUCACAAUGGUAUUGCUGGUGGCGGCGAUGCAAGGAGUAGGUAUAAUGGAUCAGCUCCGGCAACGCCUGUAAGUCUACGGGAUAGCAACACCAACACCAACGAUGUGCACAGCAACGAUUCUGCGCAUUCUGCUCAUAGCAGCAAGCAUUAGUUUAGAAAUACGACAAUAAAUUAUAACAAGAAUGUUAUGUGCAGAAUGCAUUCGCAAACGAUUAAAAUAUGUUUUAAUUUAUAUGUCAAUAUAAAGCAAUAAUCAUAGGAUAUUUAAAUAAAUUUAUUUAAUUAUUA